CGAACAACGAAUAGUGCGAGAUGGAAGCGAGGGCCGCGAGGGGCGGAGCACAUCAGGAACACACGAGACCACAAGGGACGAAAAACGGUCCUUCGACCUGUUGAAGGGAAGAGUUCUGCCGCAGGGUCUUGGGGUCUGUUUCUUGCCUGGCGUCGAAGAUGGAUCUUUGCUCGAUCCGCGGAAAGACCACUGGCUCCCAAUCGCGAAGGACCUGCAGCCGACCUUCGACUUGUGCUGUCAGCGGACCCAGCAUUUGUCGGUGGAGGAGGUCACAGAGCUGUACGGUUUACUGAAUCAUAACCAAGAACAUCAUCAAAAAAAUAGAAAACCAGAACCUCCUGAAGAAGAAACACUAGAACGGCCACGCAGCACGAGCACCGACAGUAUCGACUCCUACACGACCAGUACCACGGCCGCAAAAACUGAUGAUGAUGAUGAAAAUAGUACUCUGUCCUCCCGUUCCCAUCCCGUGCUUGGCCGGCUGUUUUUCGAGGUCGAGCCCAGCAGCACGUGGGACGAUGAUGCGUCCUCCCUGUGGCCGCCGGAGUACGAGCAAAGGAAGCACGUUCCGAUCU